UGAAGAGGAGGGGGCAGUCUGAGCGCGACACCAGCAGAACCUUUACACAAGGAGCCAAGCGGAGAGAGGGAGGGGGUUUUCAUGCCAAAAUACCUUCCCUUUAAAACAAGGGGGACAUAGCGGAGAGGAGAAUAGAGGGGGGAGAAAAUAAAACAUAAAAAAGAAAAGGAGGAAGAGCGAGAGGGAGGGAGGGCGAGAGAUAUAGAAAAAAAGAAAGAUGACAUCUUUUCAAUUGAACACCCGAGGCGGAGCGACGGGUUGCGGCCGAAUGGGAGCGCUCUAAUUGGGGCUGAGGACUGAACGCGAUACCGAGGCUUCAACAACCCAACACUUCGGCCUGACAGGAAAAUAAUAAAAUUAGCGUAUUUUAAUGGAUAUUGUAAAGAAUGUUACCUAGUUAAUGUUAUGGCUUGUAAAAAUAAUUUAUAUUGUUCUGAUUAAUCGCAUUUGGUCGUUGAAGAAUAGCUGUAACAUCAAUUGUUUUCCUAAUUGCUAGCAAGCUAGCAUUAGCUAAUUCAUGGAGAUUUUAAUUAAUUAUUAACUACAUCUUUAAUAUAUAAGCCUCGCACGCUACUGCUGACAAGAUUACAUGGGGUUUCAACAAAAAAAGUUAAACAUGCAUUCUACACUACCAGACCGCAUCAAUGGCUAGCUAGCUAGUUAACCUACCUAAUUAUAUGCUAGGUGUCUAGUUAAACAGCCUGCGAGAUAGCUAUGGUUUCGUUUACCGAGCUACCCAGUAAAUUAGCUACAUGAAAAAAUAAAUAACGUAUAAAUAUCACUGCAGAUUUUGUUUUGCGUUUUUAUUAAGCGGUUCUUAAAAGUUUCAUUUCAGUUGCGAUUAGGGUGCAAUUGCUAGUUAGUUAAUUAGUUUGGAAGCAAUAUUGCCAAGGUUAGAUAGUUCAGGAAAUAUGAACCAACAAAAUAUAGGGAUUAUUUUUGGGAUUGCUGGCUAAUCGUAAAUAACGAUACUGCUCGUGUCAAGAAAAAAAUAAUAAAGAUUAAGAUUUUACACCGUUAAUUGCAAUUUACAGAAAUACUUGCAUGUCAUUUUAGUUUAAUUUGUCGAUAUAACCUAAAGUGCAAGAGAAUAGUCAAGACGUUGUCAUAAAGGAGACUACACAAAUUAUUGUCACAAGGAUUAACGUUUUUAGUCAUAUUAUUAAAUUUUUGUUGCUUUAACAAAUAUUGUCUUUGAAUUUCAAAAUGGAUGCUGCUUGGAGCAAUUUUCUGUUUCAGACUGCACCUACCCAAAACCAAGCUGAGACAACUCUCCAAUCAGAUCUCCUCCCCGACCUUACAGGUUCUGCCGAGAACCCACCCACAGAACACAUAGCCCCGCCCCCCUCCACUGUGGACACAGCCGCUCUGAACGAAGAAGCCGUGCCAGUGAAACCCGUCUCUCGGCCGGCACGAGCUGCCCACAUAUGCCCUCUCUGUAACAAGCAGUUCAAGAACAGCUACAAUCUCCGGCGGCACCAGUCGGUGCACACCGGGAUCCGGAUGAAGGGCAGGGCAGCUGAAGAGAGGGAGGAGGGCUCAAAGGCAGGGAGACUGGAGAGGCAGACGGUUCCCCUCUCUUUACUCCAGCUCUCCAUCCCCCCCCCACUUCCCCCUCCGCAGGAAUCUGCGCCUCACCCCGCCUCGCUUGGCAACGAGGAGAGUCAGUCGGUUGCCGUGUCCAUUGCCACCGCAACCGUCACCAUGGCUAUUCCUCCUCCUCUUCCCGCUGCUGUUGUGGUUGCCGGGGCAAUGGUACAGCGGCCAGUGAGCCUGAACCCCAACCCGGUGCGCAAGAACCACGCGUGCGAAGCCUGCGGGAAGGCCUUCAGAGACGUGUACCACCUGAACCGCCACCGGCUGUCCCACUCGGACGAGAAGCCCUACUCCUGCCCCAUCUGCCAGCAGCGCUUCAAGAGGAAAGACCGGAUGAGCUACCACGUGCGGUCUCACCAGGGCGGGGUGGAAAAGCCCUACGUCUGCCCUCACUGUGCUAAAGGCUUCUCCAGGCCCGACCAUCUCAACAGCCAUGUCCGACAGGUCCACUCCACUGAGAGACCUUUCAAGUGCGAGACGUGUGCGUCCGCGUUCGCCACUCGGGAUCGCCUGCGUGCCCACAUGAUCCGGCAUGAGGAGAAGGUGCCGUGUCACAUCUGCGGGAAGCUGCUGUCAGCCGCCUACAUCACGGAUCACAUGAGGGUUCACAACCAAUCACAACACCACGCCUGCCACCUCUGCAAUCGCAGCUUUACCACGCUCACCUACCUGCGUGUCCAUGCUCAGAAGCACCACAGCCAGGAGUGGAAAGACAGCGGGGGCCAGAGAGGGGGGUUUGGGGGGACGGGGGCCGGAGGGGUCUUGCUGUGCCAACUGUGCGGUGUGCACUGCAAAACUCCCACCCAGCUGCAAGGACACAUGGGCACGCACACAACCCCCCAGGGCACCCACACAACCCCCCAGGGCACCCCCAGCCCCGUCAGCAGCACCUCCACCUCCACCUCGGCCUCCAGUGAGAGCUCCGUCUCCCUCCCCAACAUGGUGUCCAGCGCUGUCUCCCUCACCAACAUGGCGUCCAGCGCUGUCUCCCUCCCCAACAUGGUGUCCAGCGCUGUCUCCCUCACCAACAUGGCGUCCAGCGCUGUCUCCCUCCCCAACAUGGUGUCCAGCGCUGUCUCCCUCCCCAACAUGGUGUCCAGCGCUGUCUCCCUCACCAACAUGGCGUCCAGCGCUAUCUCCCUCACCAACAUGGCGUCCAGCGCUGUCUCCCUCACCAACAUGGCGUCCAGCGCUGGGGAAGGCCUGCUGGUUUCGGACUGCUCCGGGAUAGCUCCACAGUCCCACAGCUAACAGUGGGAAAGGGAGGGAAGGGGGAGACCUGGAGGGAGGGGUGUGCAGGGCAUCAGAUCAGGGGAAAGUCAGCAACCUAUUUGUGCAUUUUCCCCUCACGCAAAUGAAAUACAUUUGAAGUACUGUAACACAUUGUAGUUUACAUGGACAUUUGAGUUUGAUUAUGACCUGUUCUGUUUGUUCUAUGAUGAUAUGCACUUUUGUACGUGGCUUUGGAUAAAAAGCAACUGCUAAAUGAAAUGUAAAUAAUGCAGUGUCUUCUUCGAAAUUCAUUGCCGUAUCUGAAAGAGGCAUAUAUCAUGAAGUAAUGCAAUAUCUUGAUAAUAUUUUAAUUCAAUUAAUCUUCAGUUUAUUUUAAUACAUUUUAAUGUAUAUUUGUUUUGUGCAAGGGUUUCUGUGAAUGAAUCUUCUCUUGCUUCAGUGGUGUGGUGACCCUUAGGUGCAGUUGUUGCCAUGGUGACCAUGUGACUCUCUCAGCUGUUGUCCAGCAGUUUGUCUACUCUGUCAUCUGCAGGAAAUGGGGUUCCAUGAUUGGAUAAUUGCCACAUUACUGACCCCGCCUUCCUGGGCCAAAUUUUGUUUGUAAUUAAAGAGAUGGGAAGGGUGGAAUUUGUUUGAAUGCAUCAACAACCACACUGCCUAACCCCGAUCAGUGUCAAAUGGAACCCCCGAAGUGAUACGUAACCAUAGUGUUAGGAUGUCUUCUUGAAAGGAACCGGUUCCUUCUGGAGAGAUGCCACUAUUGUUUGGUUAAUGAACAGUCCACAGAACAAGUAUAUUAGUAUUUUAUAUUUUAUAAUAUUCUAAUUAAUCUAAUUAAUUUCAUGUUACACAAUAUUCCAUCAGUGGGUUGAGUGUUUAGAUGCCCAUUGUCCCUUUGAAUAAGAUGCUUGAUCAGUUUCAGGUCUAAAGAUUUUGUUUUUAUAAGUGCAAGGAAUUCCUCUGACACAGUGGUUGUACUGGUAUAAGCUGUGAGAAGGAGCAAUGAUUUCAGUGUAUUCAUCUAACAGAAAAAAGUUCUGUCUUUAUCUCCAUAUUAAACUAUAUUAAAAACCACCUCUCCAUCAGGAACCUGUUGUGCAACAACACGUCUUAAUGCCUUACUAAAAUGUUAUAUUGUACAGUUUCCCCUGAACUAUGGUAUGGGUUAAUUGAGAAUAAUGAUGGGAUGCAUAUAUAUUUAUAUUUGUACAUUUUUCAGUCCUAUCUGUGAAUAUAUAUAUUGAAAAUGGUAUUGUUUGAUGCUUCCUAUGAUCAUUGAUGUUAAUUUGUCAUUUUGACAAAGUUUAAUUGAGUUGAAAAGUAAACCAUGUAAUAUUUAUAUAGUAUAGGUGUGUGGUCCUAACUGUAUGCGUUACGAGCUUGGUUAACCAUGUGGUUAUGUCGCUGUAAUAUGCUGUGUUAAUUUCUGUACAUAUAAACAAGUUCAUCAAUAAUAAUUGCAUUUACUUACAUCGG